GGAGGUGGUGCCCGGAGCGCCCCUGAAGGGGGUGCGGGGCCCACGCCCCGGAAGUCCCCGAGUCUUUGGGACUCUCUCUGGUCCAGUGGUGGAGGGAGCCGGGGCUGGCCGCCUGGAUACCGGGUACCUGGGGUCAGAGAAGCAGAGCGAAGUGUUUCCAAUUGGCGUCAAGGGUGGGAGGAGAUGCCUGGGCUCCGGGAGAAGGCUACACGGGCAAGCUGUGGAGCAGCGGCCCCGUGGACUGCCCCUCCUGAGCUCUGAGAGGGCAAGCAGAGUCCGACCGGGACAGGGGUCCCUGGGAGCAGAGGUGGUGAGGACAGUAGCUGCCCGGCUCCAGGAAGGAGGCGAGGCGGGAUGAUUCCGGUGGCGGAGUUCAAGCAGUUCGCGGAGCACCAGCCCGCCUUCAAGGUGCUCAAACCUUGGUGGGACGUGCUGGCCGAGUACCUCACCGUGGCUAUGCUCAUGAUCGGGGUCUUCGGCUGCACCCUCCAGGUGACACAGGACAAGAUCAUCUGUCUGCCCAGUCAUGAACCCCGGGAGAACUUAUCAGAGGCCCCGUGCCAGCAACUGCUGCCGCGGGGGGUCUCCGAGCACAUGGGGGACCUCCGGGAGUUGAGCGGCCUCAGGAACAACCUGGACCUGCAGCAAUACAGCUUCAUUAACCAGCUCUGCUACGAGACGGCCCUCCACUGGUACGCCAAGUACUUCCCCUACCUGGUCGUCAUCCACACGCUCAUCUUCAUGGUCUGCACCAGCUUCUGGUUCAAGUUCCCCAGCACCAGCUCCAAGAUUGAGCACUUCAUCUCCAUCCUGGGCAAGUGUUUCGACUCUCCGUGGACCACGCGGGCCCUAUCCGAGGUCUCCGGGGAGAACCACAAGGACCCUGCCGCCGCCGGGCGGGCAAUGGUGACCAUGGCAGCAGCGGCGGCAGGACCGGGGAAGGCAGGUGAGGGUGAGAAGGGGAAGAUGCUGGCGGAGCCCGAGAAGGUGGUGACGGAGCCACCGGCUGUCACCCUGCUGGACAAAAAGGAGGGUGAGCAGGCCAAAGCCCUGUUUGAGAAGGUCAAGAAAUUCCGCAUGCACGUGGAAGAGGGGGACAUCCUGUACACCAUGUACAUCCGGCAGACGGUGCUCAAGGUCUGCAAGUUCUUGGCCAUCCUGGUCUACAACCUCAUCUAUGUGGGGAAGAUCAGCUUCCUGGUGGCCUGUAGGGUGGAGACCUCGGAGGUCACGGGCUAUGCCAGCUUCUGCUGCAACCACACCAAGGCCCACCUCUUCUCCAAGCUGGCUUUCUGCUACAUCUCCUUCGUGUGCGUCUACGGGAUCACCUGCUUUUACACACUCUGCUGGCUCUUCCACCGGCCCCUCAAGGAGUACUCCUUCCGGUCCGUGCGGGAAGAGACGGGCAUGGGCGACAUCCCCGACGUCAAGAACGACUUCGCCUUCAUGCUGCACCUCAUCGACCAGUACGACUCACUCUACUCCAAGCGCUUCGCUGUCUUCCUCUCUGAGGUCAGCGAGAGCCGCCUGAAGCAGCUCAACCUCAACCACGAGUGGACGACUGAGAAGCUGCGGCAGAAGCUGCAGCGCAACGCCUGCGGCCGGCUCGAGCUGGCCCUCUGCAUGCUCCCGGGGCUGCCCGACACGGUCUUCGAGCUCAGCGAGGUGGAGGCCCUGCGGCUGGAGGCCAUCUGUGACAUCACCUUCCCCCCAGGCCUCUCGCAGCUGGUGCACCUGCAGGAGAUCAGCCUGCUCCACUCGCCGGCCAGGCUGCCCUUCUCCUUGCAGAUCUUCCUGCGGGACCACCUGAAGGUCAUCCGGGUCAAGUGCGAGGAGCUCCGAGAGGUGCCCCUCUGGGUGUUCGGGCUGCGCGGCCUGGAGGAGCUGCACCUGGAGGGGGUCUUCCCCCCGGAGCUGGCCCGGGCGGCGACCCUCGAGAGCCUCCGGGAGCUGAAGCAGCUGAAGGUGCUGUCUCUGCGGAGCAACGCCGGCAAGGUGCCCGCCAGCGUGACCGACGUGGCCGGUCACCUGCAGCGGCUCAGCCUGCACAAUGACGGGGCCCGCCUGCUGGCACUGAACAGCCUCAAGAAGCUGGCGGUGCUUCGGGAGCUGGAGCUGGUGGCCUGUGGGCUGGAGCGCAUCCCCCAUGCCGUCUUCAGCCUGGGCGCACUGCAGGAACUGGACCUCAAGGACAACCACCUGCGGUCCAUCGAGGAGAUCCUCAGCUUCCAGCACUGCCGCAAGCUGGUCACACUCCGGCUGUGGCACAACCAGAUCGCCUACGUCCCCGAGCACGUACGGAAGCUCCGGGGCCUCGAGCAGCUCUAUCUCAGCCACAACAAGCUGGAGACACUGCCCACCCAGCUCGGCAUGUGCUCUGGCCUCCGCCUGCUGGACGUCUCCCAUAACGGGCUGCACUCCCUGCCGGCCGAGCUGGGCCUCCUCCAGAACCUGCAGCACCUGGCUCUCUCCUACAACGCCCUGGAGCUUCUGCCCGACGAGCUCUUCUUCUGCCGCAAGCUGCGGACGCUGCUCCUUGGCUACAACCACCUGAGCCAGCUCUCGCCCCAGGUGGGGGCCCUUGGGGCCCUCAGCCGCCUGGAGCUCAAGGGCAACCGGCUGGAGGCGCUGCCGGAAGAACUCGGCAACUGUGGGGGACUGAAGAAGUCGGGGCUCCUGGUGGAGGACACCCUUUACGAAGGGCUGCCGGCAGAGGUGCGGGACAGGAUGGAGGUGGAGUGAAGCCAGGGAGGGGCGGGUUGCAGUAGAGUCCUUCCAGGAUGCUACCACCCUGGAAUCUCUACUGUUAUCUUCAAGGGAGGGGACCAAGUGAGCCCAGGCCAGAAGAGGAGGAGCAGACGUGCCAGGCUGGCGGAACCCAGGCAAGAUCCUGGGAUCGGUUUGCCUGGGAGGCUGUGGAUCUGGGGUGGAACAUCCUGGAGGGAUUAACUCAGUCAUAAGACUCUCAGAGCAAAACCACACCUGUGUCUUUGGCUAGCUGGCCUGCCCCCAGCCCUGGGCCAGAGCUGCUGCUCCCCCAACCCACUCCGAACAUUCUGGCUCAAUCAAUGCCACAUAUGGGGGUGGGGCUCAUCCCAAUGGGAUUUCAACCCUCUCUUCCGGACCAAAGCAUCUUAUCUCUGGGAUUCUCUCCCAAGGAGGGGACACAGACGCAAUGGACAAGCUCCCCCCUCCUCCACCCCCAACUUGGAUGUUAAUCCCCUAUUUAUAAGUUGUUUGCUAUGGACACCUGAACUCAGAAAAAUGGUUUUCAUAUUUGGCUAGGCAUCAAAAUCAACAUCACCAAAACAAAACAUCCCAGGCCCCACCCCUGAAAGACUGACUCAGGAGCUUUGCCUGGAGGCCAGGAACUUGCCGGUAAAUAUAAGCAUCCCAGGUAAUUCUGACACAGACAGUCCCAGGCCUGUGUGUUGGGAAAUGCUGACCUACAAAGUAGAUAUCUGGGUGUCUAGAGCAGGGAUUCUGAACUUUUUUUUAUUUUUUAUUUUAUUUUUUAUUUUAUUUUUUUAUUUUUGGCGGUACAUGGGCCUCUCACUGUUGUGGCCUCUCCCGUUGAGGAGCACAGGCUCUGGACGUGCAGGCUCAGCGGCCAUGGCUCACGGGCCCAGCCCCUCCGCGGCAUGUGGGAUCUUCCCGGACCGGGGCACGAACCCACGCCCCCUGCAUCGGCAGGCGGACUCUCAACCACUGCGCCACCAGGGAAGCCCCUGAACUUUUUUUUAGAUCCCUAGAUGCUUUGAGAAAUCUGACGAAAGCUGGGCACCUCCUUCCUCAGGAAAAUGCUCACGUGCACAUCCAUGAAAAGUUCUGCAAACAACUUGAGGCAAUCAACAGAUUCCCCCAGAUCCCCUAAAGGGCUGUUUAUGGACAUCCUAAGGAUCGGGGACCCCAGGUUAAGAACACCUGCUGUGGAGGGUACAUUUUUCUGAAGACAGGCUGGGACUUUGUCUUUCAAAUGUUCCCUAUGCAAGGGAGUGUAUAUCAGUGGGUGCUUAAUAAAUGAUACUAUGAGAACUAUAAUCUUGAUCCCUUCUGUCCACUCCUGUCAUAGUCUAAGACUUCGAUUCCACCAGACCAAGAACAGGCAAGUGGCGACAGUCACAUUCCAGAAUCAAGGGUAUGAGUUUAUCCUGGAAGCAGAGGCAGAGAGAGACCUCAGCUAACCAGGAGAAAUCAGGUGGCAUCGUCUGCCUAGCUUUUUUCCUGGAGAACCGCUCUUCCUCUACCUUCCCUGUUAGUCUCC